UUUCUGUGAUCGGUCUCCAUUUAUUGCCCUCCGAAACAUAGUAAGGUAACGAUUACUUUGCAGUUUGGUCAUUCAAUCCCAGGUAUUGGGUUCACUUAAUGGUUGUUAGCUAAUAAUGGGUACCCCAGAAAGUUGCAAAAGUGAAGAACUUUGCACAGAGCUACUCCAAUCCCAAACUGGGGUCACUUCCAUUUCCACUGAGUCUGUCACCCAAACUUUGCGUCUUCGAGUGUUUGGGGUGCUGCAUUGGGUUGUUUCCCUUGGCCUCAUUCUGGCCACUGACUUUCUCUUGAAAAAAGCCUUUGCAGCAGCUUCAAUUGAGUUCCCAAGUGCCUUGUUUGGGAUGUUCUGUAUUUUCUCUGUUCUGAUUAUUCUUGAUUAUGCUGUGCCCUCUGCUGCUGUGGCCUUCGAGAAGUUCUUCGAACCGGGAAUUGUUUUCAUCCAGAGAUGGCUCCCUUUGUUCUAUGUUCCCUAUUUGGUUGUGCUUCCCCUUUCUCUUAAAGAGAUUCCCGCUUCUUCUGCAAUCAAAAUCUGCCUUAUUGUAGUUGGAGGAUGGCUAGCUACACUUUGUGUAACUGGUUUGACAGCUAUAGGUGUGAGGAAAGCUGUGAAGACAGAAUUGUUAGAUGCUGAGCCUAUGGAGAAGCCAUCUCCAUUUUCUUCCAUUGAAGUGUGUGCAUGGACUGGGGUUCUUCUUAUAUCCUUUGCUGCUUCAUUGGUUUUUCCAACAGCAUUGGGGACAAGAGCCAGAACAUAUCUUCCAUUCUUGCUUGCGUCAACAGUUUUAGGCUACAUGAUUGGUUCAGGAUUGCCAUCAAGCUUGAAGAAGGUCUUCCACCCAAUAAUUUUUUGUGCAGCAUCUGCAGAGCUAGCAGCAAUUGCUUUGGGGUUUCUUUCUAAGUCAGGGCUUGAUGCUGUUUUAGGAUAUUAUUUUACAAACUCAUCAUCUAAUCCGGGUGCCGGUGACAUUCUAAUGGGAUUUUUGGGAUCUGUUAUUCUCUCAUUUGCCUUCGCUAUGUUCAAACAAAAAAAGCUUGUAAAGAGGCAUGCAGCAGAGAUUUUCACCUCUGUCAUAAUCUCUACCAUAUUCUCAUUGUACUCAACUGCUAUUGUUGGACGUCUACUUUCUCUAGAACAAUCAUUAACCGUAUCCAUUCUACCCAGAUGUAUAACAGUGGCGUUGGCCGUCAGCAUUGUGUCAUUUUUUGAAGGUGCCAAUGCAUCAUUCACAGCAGCUGCAGUUGUAGUGACUGGUUUAGUUGGUGCAAAUUUUGUGCAAUCAACACUUGAUAAACUCCGUCUUCGUGACCCAAUUGCUCGUGGCAUAGCAACCGCUUCAAGUUGUCAUGGGCUUGGAACAGCAGCUUUAUCUGCUAAGGAACCUGAGGCUCUUCCAUUUUGUGCCAUUGCUUAUGCUCUGAAUGGGAUA